AUGGUUGCCCUCAUCAAAAAUGCACAAACAGGUGCCUCCGACCCUAUCCUCACACGUCUCGCGAAUAAGGACAAGGUUUGCUGGUAUAAGAAGGCCAACUUGCGCCUGCUCUACCUCAUGCUCUUCCCGACAUACUUUGGUGGACCUGAUGGUGCACUCAAGGGGAUCAUCUCGGCCGCGUACUCGCUUGGUGCCAUUCUCUCGCUGCCGUUCAUCGGUAUCAUUAACGAUCAGUUCGGGCGUCACGGGUCUAUCGCUGGAGGCUCAUUGAUCAUGGUCAUUGGUGCCCUGAUCCAGGGUCUCUCUGUCAACGCCGGCAUGUACGUGUUUGCGCGUUUGGUUCUCGGGUUUGGCAUUCCUACGUGCAUCGUCUCGGGUUCCUCUUUGAUUGGAGAGCUUGCUUAUCCCAAGGAGCGCCCUGUUUUGACCUCGUUGUUCAACGUCUCGUACUUCGUCGGCCAGCUCCUAGCCGCUGGGAUUUGCUUUGGAACGAACAACAUUGCCAGCAACUACGCGUGGAAAAUCCCGUCAUGGCUCCAGAUGUGCCCUUCGCUGGUGCAAAUCGCCUUUGUCUUUUUCAUCCCCGAAAGUCCGAGAUGGCUGAUUACCAAGGAGAGGAGCGACGAGGCAUACGCUAUCCUGGCCAAGUAUCACGGUGAAGGUGACCACGAGUCCGAGUUCGUGAAGGCCGACAUUGAACUGGAGCAUUCGAAGAAAUCAUACAAGGACCUUGCAGCGACGAGUGGAAUGAGACGACGGAUGCUGAUCAGCGCAGCCCUUGGACUCUUCACACAGUGGUCUGGAAAUACCCUCAUAUCGUACUACCUCGGUGACAUAUUGGACAUGAUCGGCAAACCCGAUCCUAUCUUCCAACAGCAAAUCAACGUGGCUAUCUCAGCAUGGUACCUGAUCAACGGAACCGUAGCGUCUCUGCUCGUGACCAAGUUCAAGCGCCGGACGAUGUACCUUACCUGCACGACUAGUUUGCUAUGCGUCUACAUCGGCUGGACGAUCAGCAUGGAACGAGCCAUAACCGCCGUCGAUGCCGGGACUACCAACAAUGCCGCGAACGGACUUGUCCUGUUCUUCAUCUUCCUCUACAGCGCGGCCUACAACAUCGGCUACAACGCUCUGACUUACACGUUCAUGGUCGAACUCUGGCCCUACGCCGAGCGAUCUCGUGGCAUUGCGUUCUUCCAGCUGUUCGGUCGCCUCGCGGGCUUCUUCACGACAUUCGUCAACCCGAUUGGACUUAAGAACGCAAGCUGGAAGUACCUGAUAUCUUACUGCUGCUUCCUGGCUUUCGAAAUCGUGUUUGUCUACUUCCUCUUCCCGGAGACCUUCGGCCGCACUUUGGAAGAACUUGCUUUCCUGUUCGAGGACAAGGCGCUUGCCGAUGAAGCUGUACAUGCCGUGGAGAAGGUUGUUGGAUAUGAUAGAGCGCUUGACAGAGCGGAGAGAGACCCGAAGACAGAGACGGUUGAAGUGACCAAGCAGGAACUUUGA